AAUUGUUUAUCUGAGGAAACAUGAAGCUUUUUUUCUGGUUGCUGGUGCUGAAUUUCUUCUGCUGCAAGGAGGUGAAGAGUCAAAGUGGUGAUGGGGAAGGAAGCUGUCAACGUGUAAUGCACAUAUUCCCUGCCAAACUCCGAGAUCUGAGAUCCACUUUCCAGAAAGUCAAAGAUUAUUUUCAAAUGAAAGACAAUGCCCUUGACACAAUAUUGCUUGAAAAAAAUUUGCUGGAUGACUUUAAGAGUUCAAUUGGUUGCCAGACUGUAUCUGAAAUGAUUCGGUUCUACCUGGAUGAGGUACUACCACUUGCAAAAGUAGACAAAAAUUAUGUAACAUCAAAUGUUCAUUUCAUGAAGGACAAGCUCCUAGACCUGAAACUUACAAUAAAACGUUGUCAACGUUUUCUUCCAUGUGACAAAAAAAGCAAAGCGGUACAAGAAAUCAAGGAAAAGUAUACUACAUUAAAGGAACAAGGGAUCUACAAAGCAGUUGGAGAAUUUGACAUCUUCAUUGAUUACAUUGAAGAAUACCUUAUGUCCAGGAAGAAGUAAUAGAUCUUAAUCUGAUUAGUUUUUAAUUCAUUGUUUUCUUACCUGAAAUUGAGGGCAUUCAUCCACCAUUGUCAUAUGGAAGAAAUUAGAAAACAUUUUAAGUGAAGAUUUGUGAGGUCAAGUAUUACUGCCACAACAUGCUUAAAUGUCACUUGGGAUGUACUCACAGUCAUUUUAACUGCUUUGUCGUUAUUAUAAUUGACCAGCUUAGGAUCAGAGAUAUGAAAAUAUAAAUGAAGUACAAUGUACUAAAUGGACUUUGUUAGCUAGAGCAUAACAAAUGAUGAACAUUCUGUUGAAUGUGAAAUAUAUCUCUAAGAAUUAGGGAGGCUGAUACUUGAUCAUGUUGAUUAGUUUCAUAAUGCUGCAAAACCCCCAGUUGUGCACAUAUUGAGGUGUCUCAUGUCUUAUGUUACUUUGUAUCAAAUGCAUGUUUUAGUGCUAGGCUACAGUAUGUUUGCUACGAUGAAGAUAAUUGUUUACUUCCAUUUUAUGGCUUCGUUUGUCUCUUCUAAGGGCUCGUGUACAUGGCCAUGCCUGUAUUUAGGUCCCGAAAAUCUGGAUAACUUAUAUGUGCAUUCAAUAUUUUUCUACUAUCAAUAGAAAAAGCUAUUCUAUUAUAGGAUCUGUUCUAUAGUUUGUGGAACAGCCACACAGAACCACAAAAAAUACAUGCAUGUUCCCCUAGAAAUUAAGGUGGAAAGGUGCCAUCCACAAAAACAUGAAGAUAGCACACUGAAGAAAAUAUGGUUGUGUGCUCGAGCCCUAUUAUGUAGAGAAGAUCCAGGUAAAAGUAUGAAGUCUUUAAGUUAAUGUUCCCUGAGAAAGGGAUAGAAAUAACUCUUGUCCUGCAGGAUGUAUACUAUCUCUUAAAUGCGACCAAUAGGUGAUUACCCUGUAGGCAAGUGUCUAAAACCCUCAAAAAGCUUAGUAUCAAACAAAUCAAAGACUCCCAGUAUUGUUUUUCCACUGCUUGUGUACAGUUAUUUGCUCCCUAUUAGUAGAGACUAUUAUUCUCAUUUUCCAUAUGUUCCCCUUGGAGUUUUACAUUAAAGACUUAAUACCUUUUGUGAGAACUUUGUAAAGAGUCACUUAAUUUUCAAACAAUUAUUUCAAAAGCAUGUCACACAGACAACCAGAACCUUACUCUGUACUGGGUGAGAAGGAAAAACUCCAAAAUAGGGCUGCUGUUUACAGAUAGAUGUCCCUGGUUUGGCUGUAAACCUGUGUGAUAAACCAAUCAUGUUGCUAUCCACUUUAGCAGGCCACAUAUUUUUGGUUCCUUAGACACAAUGUUGUUUCUUUUGAAUUGUAUUUGUA